AAAAAUAAAAAUGGUGUGGCAGUGGAAGAAAUGUUCAACCAUGUUGUCUUGAAUUUCCAAAUUAAAGUGCUAAAUUCCUUUUCUCAGUUAAUUUAAACCAAAUUGCUGGUUUGGUUAAGGAUUUAACUUUGUGUUAAUGUGUUGUGCUUGCAAAGGAACAGUUAGAUUGUGAAUUCGUAUGUGACUAUCUGCUGCUGUUUUUUUUUCCGGGUCGGGCGGCUUCUAAAGUCUGCCCUACGCAUUACUUUUCAUAUUUUUCAGUGGACUUUAAAUAGUGAAAAUGAUUAACUUUACGAUAAAAACGUUGGACGGGAAUAACCACAGCUUCUCUGUCGAAGAUGAUACGACUAUCGAGCAGUUGAAAAAUAAAAUUCAGACAGACCUUGAGAUCGAGCCGAACCUCCAGCGCCUCAUAUUUUGUGGACGCGUUCUGCAGGAUGAGAGGCCCUUAGCCGAAUAUGACGUGCAAGGCAAGGUGGUGCACCUGGUGCAGCGUCCGCCGCCGAGCCCCGGCCACCGCAACGUGGCGCCCAGCUCGCCGGCCAACCAGAACCAGAGCACGCAGCCCGAUGCCAACCAGCAGGCCACCCAGCAGCAGAUGCGCCGGCUCAUGGCGCUCGCCGGCCCGUCCGGCUUCGACGACCAUAACAUCUCGGUGUCGCCAACCACCGGCCGCAUGGAGUUCAUCAGGCGCAUGAUCGCCGACAUCAAGACCGAGAUGACAGCCCUGCGGACCCACACCGAGAACCGCCCGCCGCCCGCUCCAGGGUCGGCCGGCCAGGGGGGGUCCGAUGCGGGGCCGAGCGGCUCCGGGACUCGCACCGCUGCCGAGCCCAUGGAGACCGACCGCGAGACGCCGACGCCUGCUGCCGAGGCCGAGCCUGAAGAACCGGAACAACCGCCGCCGGAGCCUCCGCAGCAGCCGCAACAAUCGUCGCAGCAGCCGCCGUCGCAAUCGCAGACCCAGCCGUCGCAAUCGCAGCCAUCGCAAUCGCAGCCAUCGCAAUCGCAGCCAUCGCAAUCGCAGCCGUCGCAAUCACAGGCGGGGCAAUCGCAGGCAUCGCAGUCGCAGCCCUCGUCGUCGCAGUCCUCGACAUCGCAGGCCCAACAGGACGAGAUGGCCGAAGAACAGGAUGCCUUUGCUCGUACCCAGGGCAUGCAUCGCCGCGCCAUCAGGGCUAUACGGGCUCGUAACUCGCGCCCGCGCGACCUGGCCUCUCUCAUCGAAGAACUGGAGAACCUGAACCAGCAGUUUGCACCCUUCCGCGCCAACUAUGUGCAGAUACUGCGCGAUGCUAACAUUUCGCGGGACAUGCCCGACGCUGAACGCCAGCACACCCAACGCACCGUCGACAUGGUGUCAGACCUGAUGCAUAGCUUCUCGCACGCGUACCACGCCGCCAGCGACUUCAAGUUCUCUGUGGUGCGCUACCCCCGUCUCAGUGUCGACCAGACCGUCGUCAGGCAUGCCAUUCCUAUGCAGGUAGAGAUAGAGACCAGGGUGCCGAUAGCGUUCGCUCUGGACAAUGCUCUGUUCCACGGACUGAAUGCCGCACAGGGACAGCCUCAGCCGGGGCAGCAGAUGCCGGCGCAGGCGCAACCAGCCGCUGCCCAGCCUGGGCAACCAGGGCAACAGCCAGGGCAACCAGGGCAACAGCCGGGGCAACCAGGCCAACAGCCAGCCCAGUCGCAGCCGGCCCAGCCGACCCUGCCGCCUCUCGCCUUCAACAUGAACGGGAUCCCCCGUACGGUCGCGCGCCCCGGACCCAAUCCCAACCAGAUCGUCCUCGACUUUGAGAACCACGUGUUCCGGGGCCUGGGCCAGGGCGGCGGAGUGGAGGUGGUGAUGCGCAUGGAAGAGGUCCCGGCGCAGGGCUCGCCCUCUCCCGCCCCCGCCCCCGCCCAAGCUUCGGCCCCCGCCUCGGCCCCUGCCUCGGCGCCUGCUUCGGUCCCCGCUUCGGCCCCUGCUUCGGUCCCCGCUUCGGCUCCCGCUUCGGUCCCCGUUUCGGCUCCUGCUUCGGCCCCUGUCUCUAACGGCGUCCAACUGUCCCACGUCACUCAACUGCCCCAUGGCGUUCAGCUCAUUGCACAUGUGCCCCAUGGCGCCCAGUUUCCCCAUGGCGUCUUCCUACCCCCCGGCGCCCAACAGCAUCCCGGCGUCCAGAUGCAUCACGGCGCCCAACAACAUCCCGGAGUCCAACUGCCUCCCGGCGCCCAAAUGCCUCCCAGCGCCCAACAACAUGCCGGCGCCCAAAUGCCUCAUGGCACCCAACAACAUCCCGGUGCCCAACAGCAUCCCGGCGCCCAACAGCAUCCUGGCGCCCAACAACAUCCCGGUGCCCAACAGCAUCCCGGAGCCCAAAUGCCCCCCGGCGCCCAACAAUAUCCCGGUGCCCAACAGCAUCCCGGUGCCCAACAGCAUCCCGGUGCCCAACAGCAUCCCGGCGCCCAACAGUAUCCCGGCGCCCAACAGCAUCCUGGCGCCCAACAACAUCCCGGCGCCCAACAGCAUCACGGCUCCAUCCACUUCCCCGCCGGCAUGACCGCGCUGGGCCCCGGCACACUGCACUUCCCCGCCGGCUUCCAACUGCCUCCCGGCAUCCACCUGCCCCCCGGUAUGCAACUAGGGCCCCCGCUCCACAUCCCCGGAGUCCAGCUGCCCCCGCCCGUUCUCUACCCCCCCGGCGUGCUGCCCCCCGGCUUCCAGCUGCCCCCCGGCGUGCAGUUCGCGCCCGGCGUCCAGCACGCCGCCGCCGCCAGCGUGCCCCCGCCCACCACGCAGUCAUUCACCAUCACCACCGGCCCCCCGCCCGCCUCCGCCGCCGGGGUCACCCUCGCCACCGGCAUGGCCGGCAACCCGGAGAUCAGCCUGGCCGGCAACGCUGCCCUCAACAUAGCUGCAGCUCUAUCUUCCAAUCCAGGGCUUAAUGUGGUGCACAGAACCGCCCCCAUUACUGGCCAGGGGAUCACUAUAGCGCACGAUCGUAACGUGAUCGUGGGGCCGGCGGUCACUAUCGGGGUGGUGGACUCUAGUCUCCUGGUUCCGAGUCCGAAUCCGCAGCCGAAUCAGCAGCCGAAUCAGCAGCCUAAUCAGCAGCCGAAUCAGCAGCCGAAUGCGCAGCCGCAGUCGCAGCCGCAGCCAAGCGCCCCGGCCCCCGGCGGCGACGCCAACGGCCCCUCCUUGGUCACCGAACAUAACGGCAACUUGAUCUUCGCUCAAAUGAGCGGGCCUCCCGGGACCGAGCUACUGCAGAACAUCGUGUCGUCGGUGAUCCGCCAGGGUUUGCUCCCCGGCAUGGAGGCCAUGCAGCAGAACACCAUCCACACCAUGAGCACCCAGCACGCCGCCAUGGUGAACGCUCAGAACGCCCAGAACGCCCAGAACGCUCCAAGCGCGCCGCCCGUCCAAGGUGCACUGAGCGGGGCGGCCGCUCAAGCUAACUUGGAGGGACGUCAGGGACAGCGACCGAACAUCAGCCUCCGUCGCGCCGGCAGUCGCGCCGCCGGGUUGUCGUUCGCGGGCGUCAUUUACGACCCGUUCCUGCAUUGCGACAACCAACACGCCCGCCGCCGUAUCGCUAGGCGCAGCUCUCUGUUCCGCAGGGAGAUCCACCAGCAGCACAUGGCGAGCCAGCAGCGGCUGCGGCAGGAGCGAGCCGUCAGCAUCGAGGCGCUGCGGGAGCGCACGCCGUCGCUCACCACGGCCCACAUGCAUAUUCUCCUGCAGCUGUUAAACGGCCCGCCGUGCCCGGAGAGCUACAUCAACGCCAUGCUCGUUACUAUUGCUCGCGAGCUAUUCCUGACUGAGCACAUCGCGGCCCUACGCGGCGGGAACCCGCCCCCUGAACCACCAGACUUCAGGCGUCUGCGAGGCACUCUCCGCGCCUACAUGACGCGGCUGCUGGAGCUGGCCAACACCGGGGACGGGGACAACGUGUUCGAGGGCGCCGUCAACUAUCUCAUACAGCAGAAUAGGGAGUUUAUCGGGUGGAUGGGCACAAUAACCCCGGUGCGGCCGGACGUGGACCUGGUGCGCUCUCUGCGCUCGCUGUCUCGCGCGCGCCUGCCCGCCAUCAUAGCGGCCAUCAUGAGCGACGACACCGGCGAGAACCACGCCGCCAGAUUCUACGUGGUGUUCACCCGCAUGUUCACGGAGAUGUGCACGCUGAUCGCGUUCUGCUGCCUCGAGGGCGCCGACGGGCUGCGCAACAUCUAUGAUGCUUAUCUGGAGGAGAUACUGGGCAGCUUCGACCAGCCUGAACAGCGCAUGCUGAUGGCUCUGGCCACGGAGAACCUGAACGCGAUCGUCACCAACAUGAACCUGGAAGUGAGCUGGCACACCAUCCGCCAGUUCCUCGUCGGACACGACGGAGCACCCUUGGAGCUCGACGAGGACAACAACGGGCAGGUGUCGCCGUCGCCGAUGGAGACCACGUCCCCGGCCAGCCUCGAGUCGCUGCCCGCCUCGCCCGAACCCCAGGACGCCAACGACACCGCCGUAUCCAACUCUAGCGAACUAUCCACUCCGGAAGAGCCCACUCCCGACACAGCUCACACCCCCCCGAUACCCGCCGAAACCCCGAAUCCAACCCCCAAUCCGGCCACUCUUCUAGCGAGUCUGCGAAACAAUCGCCCCCCAAGGGCCUCACCUAUGCGGACUACUCAGCCUGGGGAAAACAACAGAACGUCCACAUCUUCGAUGUCGCUGAUCCUCAACAACUUCGGCUCGGAGUGGAUGCCGGUGUUCGAGCGCGACCGCGACGCUCAGCGGGCGGCGGCGGCGCCGUACAGCGACGCGUACCUCACGGGCAUGCCGGCGCGCAAGCGCAGGUGCGUCCGAGCGGCGCGCCCGGCCGCCGCGCUUGACGCUCUUAUUAAUGAGAGCAUAAGUGAAGUGUCUAACCCGGGACAAUCAGUGCCGACCGGUCCGGAUCACGAGUUUAUGCGCACGGCGUUCCGCGAACAGAUUCGCUCUCUGAUGCGAACCCGCGCCGCGAGUGACGCCGACUACAGCAGCGAACGCUAUGCCUCAGUCGUGCGCUUCCUCGGCCCGCAACGCUCGAAUCCAGAUGACAGUUCAAAAGACCGGACCACGUAACCUGCCUCAGCGCUGCACUAAGGACGAAGAGUUUUAUUUAUAGUAACUUAAAUAAAAAAUGGAUCCAUGGAUCCAUGACAACAUAAAGUGGUUUACACCAUACUAACUACUACAAUUUUAUUAAUCAACAUCAUAUUUAGAUUAAGUAAAGGACCGAUCCCUCGGUUCUUUGUUAGUUAUUGUCACCUGUUACUACUAUCAAGUAGGUAGUGGGACUGCAGUCUAUAGACUAGCGGGUGUCAAUAUUAGUCACAUUUCACAUCCACAUGGUGACAUUAUCGUCGGAUUAUAAGGUAGUUUACGUUCGUUCUAUAAUAUUAUCUACACUUAACCAAAGCUUGCCUGUAAUGCGUUCAAAAGUAUAACUCAACGUUUCAACUUUAUCGUUGAAUUUCAUACGUUCAAGUAACGUUUUAAAGUAAAGGGAUAAUUAGUGAUUGGGUAGGUUUUCGGAUGCAUAAGUGUUAAUCCAAGACAAGAAAACAUUUUGACUCACUUACAGAAAGUCGGAUUUGCAAAUCACUAAUAAAAUAAAAUGGUUUUAUCUGAUAUAAAUUAUAAUGAUAACUUACGUACUUAGCCGCUUUACUAUUUUAUCCAAUCCAAUUAAUUUAUCCAAUUAUUAUUUAUUAUUAUUUAUAUUUUUAAUCAAUCAUCAAAUCUCUAAAAAUAAAAAAGUGGAUUUUGUUGCCAUUUAAAUCGAGAUCUAUGAAAUAAAGUUGAUCAAAGUUAACAGUCGAAAACACCGCGUUUAAAGCUUUAACUACAAGGCGGCUAAAACAUUAUGAAAAUAAAAUCAUUAAGAUAGAGAGAUUCUCUGGAGUGCACCAAAAAUAUGGUGUAAAAAUAUCAUUCUGCAUGACAUAAUAAAAUAAACUUUAGAACGACUACCCCGAUUAUUGCAUGCCAAUAAAUUCUAUUUACAUAUUAUGGCGUAAUAAAAAAUACCACUAAGUACAUAAUUAUGCAGUCAAUUCCUAACUAUACUUUGUAUAAUAUAGCAUGGGUCCUAGGACGAUGGAUUGACAGAUUCUGAUAAAAAGUUGGGUUUCCCUAGAAAACAAACAAACGACAAAUAAAAUGUAUGGAUUUGAGAUAGGACUCGUGUUAUAUUUGACCAAGUAUAUUUAAGUAAGUAUAGUUCCAAUUUUACGAUUACAUUAACAAAAGUAGGUGUGAACUAGUCAAACUUUAGCGAUAUACAUUGAUGGUUAACUUUGAUCUAACUUUCCGAAACUACUGGCUGGACAAAAGAGAAGAUUUUUCGUAAUAAUUUUGUUUUAUUAUCUAAUAAUAUUGAGACGAUCUCAUUGUGUUAAUGAUGAUUGCGGCAUUAGGUCAUUUGGCAAAUGCGCCGCCCGGUGCAAAUAAACUAUCAUGUUUGUAAAAAUAUUUUAAAUGUUUUAACAAUUUUAUUUUAUAUUAUGUAGGUAGUUUAUGUCCAUUUGUAUUAAACGCGGGAGGUCACCUGAACUUUGAUAGAUUCCAGACACGAGGAAUUAAGGAGGUAGGUUCUAGAAAUUUUUAAUUAGCAUGACGAGAGGGACAUCUUUUACAGUUUUGGGCAAAGCGCUUUCAAACGGAACUUAUGAUUUUUUUCAAUUGUAGAACGAUUUUUGUCUGUAUUAUUAAAAUGAUUUCAAUCAUACCAUAAUCGGCAUUCCGAAUGUGUGUUAUAUACCUACUUAACUCACAUAUUGCAUGGACUAUAUGAGACAUGGAUAAAAAACCGUAAGCAAUCUUUUAUUCUAAAAUAUAAUUACUUUAAAAGUGCAUGCUACGGUGAUACCUGUGGUCUUAGUACAAAUGGGCAUUAGUAACGUAUAUUUCCUAAGUAUAUUUUAUCAUUCUAUCUGUAAAAGUAGUUAAAUAAAAACACACGUAUGUACUGCAAAGAA